UGCGUCAUGACAAGCACUUCCGGGUCACACAGUCCCAGUCACGCGACUUCGGCGUCGAUUUUAUUUCUGAGCUCAUUUUUGUUUUCGUUGACACUUCGGCUGGGUGUCAAUGUGUAAACUCGUCGUUUGGUGGGACCUCCCGUGAACAAAACUUGACGGAGAAUGUGGAGGGUCAAGGGACUCGUUUUGAGAGUGCUGCACCGAUGCCACAGCAGCACCCCGCUGCGUCUUCCCCAAAACCACCACGUGGAAGACGAGGUCAUCACCACCUCCAGUGUCCUCUCCACCUCCAGAAACUCCUCAGACAGCAGCUCCCACAAGGACGAGGACGAUGGCCAGAGCAGGAAGAAGCAGAAGGCCUUUUACUUCGCUUCCAGCGAGCGGACUCGCUACACGGGCCUCGACGCCGUGGGAUGGGGUGCCACGGCGGUGCUGUUCAUGCAGAUCUGCCGCAGGAUUCACUCCAGUUUCUCUUCACUCUUCGAGCCCGGUCCGACUGCGGGGGUCCGGACCCCUCAGCCGAGCGCUUUGCAGAAGUGUGCUUCCCGCCUCCUGCUGGAUAUCCUGUUGAGCAAUGAUACGGUCCUGAGAGGACGGAGCGUGUUGUGUCUGCACAAUCAGUCCUUGAGCAGCGGCGGUGGCGGCGGUGGUGGAAGUGAUGUCGCCUCAAACAGCGGCGAACGCAACUUCGUGACGACCAACGCAUCCGUCUCAGACUGUGAGGGGGCGCUGGGCCAGGAUUCAUCUUUCCGAGCUACAGAUGACUCAUCAUUGACUUCUUCAUCCUGGUCAGAAGGGAAAGUGGACGCUGAAACGGACCACGCUCGUGACACGGUUCACAAUUGUCCGUCGGUCGGGAAGGAGAAACUGGCAGAACCAACGCAGAACUUGGAAAAAGUUUCCCACAGCAGCGUCCCAGUCAUUCUGAACAUGAUCGGCCUCCGACGAGCCGAGAUCGGCGACAACGAGGAAGCUUUCUCGUGUUUCCUGGCCGCGGCUCAGCGGGGCUACGGCAAGGCUCUGUUUAACGUUGGCGUCUGUUACGAGAAGGGCAGAGGCGUCGCCGAGGAUCGGGCGAAGGCGUCCCAUUACUAUUGGCGGGCAGCAAUGGCAGGUCACCAGCAGGCUCAGUACCGGUGCGCAAAGCUUCUCCUGACCAGCAGAGGGCACCAAAGUGAGGAAGACCUGAAGACGGCCAUCAGCCUGCUAGAGAAGGCUGCAGCAGCCGGUCUGACAAAGGCUCAGUUAUGCCUGGCGUCGGUGUACUCCCGAGAGCCGUCGAGAGACAGCAGCAAGUCUCUGCGCUACCUGCAGGUGGCGGCACAGAACAACGAUCCCACCGCUCUGCUGCUGUUGGCUCAGUGCUACGAGAGCGGCUUCGGGGUCCGGCAGAACCUGACGACGGCGCUCGGACUGUACACACGAGCCGCUCGGGCGGGCGACGAGCGGCCUCGGCUGUCGCUGACGCCUCCCGGCCGGACAGGCGUCUUGCGCUCCAUCCGUUCUUCCCCGUGUUUCUCCGCGGCCGACCGGAACCCGCCGCGGCCGCCGCCGGCCUCUCUGCCCGACCUUGUGGGCGCUGACGUCGACCUUCCCUUCCUCCCUCGCUCCUGGAGCACCGGGAGCGUGGCCGCGACCUCGGGGAUCACCUCCGCCCCUCGCGACCUUCGCCCCCUAAGCUUGGAGGGCAGAUCCUGCCAGUGGAUUGUUGGGGUUGGAUAACUUGCGGUGCCGGAACUGCACAAACGGCCGUGUUGACUGUUGGGAUGCGUUACUGUAAGGUUUGAGACAUUUGGGCAAUUUUUCCAAGUUGAGAAUUUGAUUAAUCAGUCGAUCGAAGCCUUUGUCCCCCCCCCCCCCCCCCCGGGCAGAAGACAAUUCAAUUAAUUCAAGACAAUCCAAUUUAUACAUAGAAAAAGGCCGUUUUCAUGAAAAGAACAUCGUCCGGUUACAAAUGGAAAUCUCGGCUCCGUCCACACUGAUGCGAGAGCACUAAAGAAAUACUGAUCAAAUGUACAAACCGCAAGCACAGCAAGAUAACAGUGAGGAAGGUCAACAAAGUCAAGAUGCAGCGUGGUGCAGGAUUUGGAAUUUGGGAGCAUGAACUCGAAAGGCUCUUAUGAGGGAAUUUAAAUAGAAGCAAUGAAUGUGUGACGUCCUCACGUGGGACAAGGAAAGUUCUUUUCCAUUCUUGGAGACGUCUGCUUAUGACGAGAAAAAAAAAAGUUGUUUGAAUAUGAUACUGUCCGUCCAUGACCUGAGCCAGCCGCUUAUCCUCACAAGGGUCGAGGGAGUGCCGGAGGGAGCCUAUAUCCCAGCUGGCAGGAAGCACAUAAGGACAAGCAACCAUUUGCACUUCACGGGCAAUUCAGAAUGUUCGGUUCACGCUUGUUUUGGGGAUCUGAAAGGAAAGAGAAGUGCCUGGAGAAAAGCCACGCAGGCACGCGGCUGGGUUUGAAUCCCGGUCCUCAGAACUGUGAGGCAAAUGCUCUGACCAGUGAGCACACCCAUUCCCCUCCCUGUAGAAAUUUCCCGAGAAUGUUCUUCCCAUCUGCAACCAUUUAUUGCAGAAAUUAGAAUAUCUCCUCCGUGGCGGAAUGCGCGCAGCUGUUUGUUCCAAAAACAACAAAUCCGGUAUUUGCUAUUCAUAUUUUCCAAUUAAAGUGAAGGCCGUCUUCUGCAUAGAUUCCGAGUCGACUUGGUGACGCGAAUCCACUCAAGUUGAAACGGGCGUUGGUGGAAGAGCUUUUCGUCUGAAUCCAAAAGGUUUCUUCGGUUCUCCUUUUUGACAUCUGUGGUGUGCAUUUCGCGAGAGGCUUGUUGCCGAUCGUGGCCGCAGGUGAACGGCCGUCCUGCGUGCCGACCGGCCGUUCGCAUUUGCGCUCUGUAAAAACAAAAAUUGACGAUUUUUGUUUUCGCCCGGGUGGAUCAUCGUGUGAGUAAUAUUCAUAUUUGUGUGCUUGUUUGAAAUACAUUAUAUAGAGAGUGUAUUAUUCUGGAGUGGAGACAAUAUUUCUCCCACAUUUUACAGAAAUUUUCACAGCAUUACAUGUAAUGGCAUGCAUCCAGAAAUAUAUUCGUUUAUGAACAAGAAGGCAUUAUACAAUUACUGUACUAGUGUGCACAUGUACAAUAAAAUGACCGAAAUAAAACAACUGUGCUUGGUCUCAAGAU